AUGACUACCUCUAGCUUUGCCUCUAGUUUCACAACCCUCUCCUCAAACUCGACAAAAUCACAGCGAUACAUGGAUUCACUAGUGCCGCCGUCCAGAGAUCAGUUUGAGCGUAUCGCUCGGGUGCAGGAAGGGAAGGAGGAGGAAAUCAGGCAAAGGGUCAAGCAUCUGAGGCAAAAAUCGCUUCAAGAAAGCAAGCAGAGUUUGCAGGCGAGCAAGAGCGAUGAGAUGAGAGAUGCUGCACGCAUUAUUCAGAAAACCUUUCGCGGCUACCGAGCAAGAAGGGAGAUGAGUGGAUUUAUCUUGGAUCCGAGUACAAGAUGGAUCACUGCGAUCCGGGAGGCACAGUUUCGCGAAACAACGCGGCCUCGAGGUCGGUCUUUCACCGGCGCAAGCCAAGACACUUUAUCGCUCGGAGACAUGGCCGAUUUCCAUGCGUCAACCGCACGAUCAAACUGGAAGAAGCUGAGCAUGGUUGCGCUGCGGGCCGGUCACGACGAUGAAGAUGAAGCUUCCGACUCGGAUUGCUCAUCUGAGGCGGCGAGCCUACCGCCCCAUGAGAAGGAAGAGUUGCGGCGACUUCGAGAACAAGCCAAUGCACAACGACGAAAAACCGCCCUCACGCUGGGGCUGCAGUAUUGGUUGGAAAUAGUAGACCAGAAACAUCGAUAUGGUACAAACCUGCGCAUGUAUCACGAAGAAUGGAGGAAAGCCGAUACCAAUGAGAAUUUCUUCUAUUGGCUCGACUAUGGUGAAGGCCGGUAUAUAUCGCUGGACACUUGCCCACGAGAGCGACUUGAAAGGGAUCAAGUACGGUAUCUGUCGAGAGAAGAGCGCCAGUACUACUUGGCCACUGUCGACGACCAAGGCCGGCUAUGCUGGGCCAAAAACGGAGAGCCCAUCGACACGUCAGAAAAGUACAGGGACAGCAUAUAUGGGAUUGUCCCUGUAGACGAUCCAGCACCGCCCUAUCGACCGAUGAUGGAGCACCCGAACCCCUACGCCGACUCAGCUAGCGGAAUGCCUUCCAACGCAUCCGCAUCGUAUCUGGAUUCGAACCACGAACAGCAUCGCGCAGACAGUCAUGUCAACCCAGAGCCCGAUCAACGAGAUAUCAAAAAGGUGAAGCAGUUCUCUGCGACGACAACGCUCAACAAACUGCUCCGUAAGACGGUCAGAGACGGCACUUGGAUCUUUGUUGCCGACACCUCGUUCAGGCUUUACAUCGGCAUCAAACAGGCGGGAGCAUUUCAACAUUCAUCGUUCCUCCAGGGCGCCCGAAUAUCCGCGGGGGGUCUCAUCAGCAUCAAGGACGGCAAACUCAGCUCCCUCUCUCCGCUGAGCGGGCAUUAUCGCCCACCAACCUCCAACUUCCGUGCCUUUGUGCGGAGCCUCAAGACCGAGGGCGUCGAUGUGGGACAUGUGACGAUAUCGAAGGCCUAUGCUGUCCUCCUAGGCCUGGAGACAUACACCAAGUCGCGGCGUAUGGGCAAGGACCUCAUGCACAAGAUGAUCCACCGGAAGAACAAAGUAGUACAUCCAAAGGAGAUGAAGAAGAAGGAAGAGGAUGAGAUAGAUACCAGCAAGAGUGCGCAGAGGGAAAGGGAAAUUCUGGAGACGGAGAAGCAGCAAGCGAUGGCCGAUAAGCACGCGCGUGUGGAAGAGACUGCUGUCAAGACGAUGGAGAAGCUGCAUCUUGUGCCUUCAGCAGCUGGUGAAGAAUCUCGGAAGAGGACUGUCACAUAUCUAUAG